GCAGCGGUGUGAGACGGCCGUCACCAGCCCUGCUGCCAGCGUCGCUCCGCCGCCGGCUCCUGAGCCCCGCGGCCGCGGCCGCCCGGCGCUCCCCGCUGCGGGUCCUGUCACCGCCCGCCGCAGUUCCCCGGAGAGGGGCGGUCGGUGCCUGCGCAGAGCCGCCUCCUCCCCGCCCCCGCCCCGCCUCCACCGCCGCCGCCGCCGCCGCCGCCGCCGCCGCUGCCGCUGCUGCGCCUCUGCUCCUGCCGUCCCCGCUGCAGUGCGAAGGGCUCGAAGAUGGCCGGUUGGCAGAGCUACGUGGAUAACCUGAUGUGCGAUGGCUGCUGCCAGGAGGCCGCCAUUGUCGGCUACUGCGACGCCAAAUACGUCUGGGCAGCCACGGCCGGGGGCGUCUUCCAGAGCAUCACGCCAGUAGAAAUAGAUAUGAUUGUAGGAAAAGACCGGGAAGGUUUCUUUACCAACGGGUUGACUCUUGGAGCAAAGAAGUGUUCUGUGAUCAGAGAUAGUCUAUACGUUGAUGGUGACUGCACAAUGGAUAUCCGGACAAAGAGUCAAGGUGGGGAGCCAACAUACAACGUUGCUGUUGGCAGAGCCGGGAGAGUCUUGGUCUUUGUAAUGGGAAAAGAAGGGGUCCAUGGAGGCGGACUGAAUAAGAAGGCAUACUCAAUGGCCAAAUACUUGAGAGACUCUGGGUUCUAGCUGCUCGGCAGACUGUUAAGUAUUAGGGGAAAUUGCUCUGACAUUUUCCUAGCUGUAAGCUUAAGUCUCCUUUGUAUCCCUCUGUUGGUGGGGAAAGGUGUCUUUCUUUCUGCCCCUUCCCCUUAAAUAAUUGUGUUCAUUUUUGUUUUGUUUCCUUGUGUACUCCAGCAUUGGUUAUAGUCAUGGGAAAGGAAGGUGUCCACGCAGGCACAAUUAACAAGAGAACAUGAACUCGCUUUAUACCUGAAGAGGUCUGUAACCAACCUGUAUCUGGCAUCAUAAUUGCAGCACAAUAAUGAUUUGCAUGAUAUCUUGAAAUUGGGGGAAGGGGGCAUGCCAAGUUGGGCAUCACUUCGUCUUAGCAAUUAGUGGACUACUGAUUACUAAAAUAAGUUAAUAUUAAGCAAGGUGCCGGUGUACAAUCUCUAAUUUGAUCAGUGUCUUUUCAGCACUUUGGAGCAUUUCCUUGGCUCAUCUAGUCUUCCUUCUGUAGCGCAUGGUUGGGAGGAGCAAGUGCAUGCCUCUGUACGUCAGCCUUUCUCAUCCCCUCCCUACCAACGUGAGCUGUUGGGUUUGCUUCCGUUCUCUUCUGUGUAGUGCCUGGUUUAUUUAACUAAUUAAUACCUCCUCCGUUGAUGAGCUAUUGAGAGUUGCAGUGUUUUACUUUUAAUACAGUGACUGCACUUGGGACACACUAUUUGUAGUGUCUAUAGGACAUGAAGCGUGCAGCUUGGAGAGCAAAGGCACUUCCUCCCAUGACCUUACUACAGCAACCAUACCGAUCCAAUUCCCAGGGACAUUCUGUCAUUGCAGGAGCUCAGACUUGUCUUUUCUUUGCACACCAGCUGUACUCUCGAGUAAAAUGUAAAGGCUGCCAUUAUGAAUAUUAGGUAUCCCAACAUAACCAUCUGGAGUGUGUCCAGUUUAUUUUUCAUAGGACCAAUUUUUAUUUGCAGCUUAGGUUUUUAUAUGAAGUUGCAUUAUUGUGGACUUGGCUGUCUUGUGAUGUAUUUUUUUCAUAUGUAUCCUGUGCCAUACUAUUGUUAAAAUGAACUGUUGCUAUUGUGAGAUGGAUUUUCUUUCGAAUGGCACUACCUUAGGGACAUUCUAGUAUUUGCUUCUAUUGUUUGGGCAUUGUGGAUAAUGUACAGAUUUAAAAACAAAUCUUGUUGCUGAUUUGUCCAUUUCUUUCCCUGCACUUUGUUACAUCCGGGAUACAGUCUAACUCAUCUGACUUAAUAUGCAUUUAAAAAAAUGCCAUAACUAUUAAACACCUUGUUUACAGACAGAUGAAAUAAAUUUAUUCCAACCAAAUACUC